AGCCUGCAGAGGCUGAGUUCCCAGGGAUUCUUUCACACGCUCCGGUUCUGCUCUGCUGUGACGCCUCUGCAGGCCGAAGUACCGAUUUAACCAGAACAGCAGUUCUGGUCCAGUUCUGAUCCGGUUCUGGAGGAUUGAGGAGAUCCACCUGUUGGUGCUGGAGCUGCUGCUGUCCCUUUAAGGGAUCCAGGAAGUGACCGGGAGCAGGCAGGAGGUGGGAGGAGGCGCCUGAAGAGGAAACAGGUGUGUGUGCUGACAGGAUGAUGUCAUUCCUGGCUGAGUCACCUGCAGGACGGCUGCAGGAGCGAGGAGGAGGUGCUGCAGGGAGGAAGGAGGCCCAGCAGGAGCAGCAGAACCUGUGAGAGCUGCAGCUUGUUCAGGUCCGCCCCGAUCCGAUCGGCCCCCGCUGACCUCUGACCUCUGAGACAUGACGAUGAGGUCCGAUCCCGUCGGAACCGCCUGCUGAGUUCCAGAGUUCUGGUCCGGUUCUCGCUGAAGCAGAGGAGCAGAAGUUCAAGAAGCUGUUGGAGGAUUUUAUCGGGUCGGUUCUGGUUCCUCUUUCCCACCGGUUCUGCUGGCGUUUGGGUCCUCGGUUCAGGAGGAGAUGGAUCGCCGGGUCGGAGCGACAGGAAGUUGAUCCGCAGCCAGAAUGUCGUGGAAGAGGAACUACUUUGCGUCGGGUGGAGCGACGCCGGGGAUGGUGACGCCUCGCCGCGUGGCGUCCAUCGCUCCCAGCAAAGGCCUGAGCAACGAACCGGGUCAGAACAGCUGCUUCCUGAACAGCGCCCUGCAGGUUCUGUGGCACCUCGACAUCUUCCGCCGGAGUUUCCGUCAGCUCACCACUCAUAAGUGCAUGGAGGACUCGUGCAUCUUCUGCGCUCUGAAGAGCAUCUUCGGUCAGUUCCAGUACAGCAGUGAGAAGGUUCUGCCGUCCGACGCUCUGCGCAGCGCUCUGGCUAAGACCUUCCAGGACGAGCAGAGGUUCCAGCUCGGCAUCAUGGACGACGCGGCGGAAUGCUUCGAGAACAUCCUGAUGAGGAUCCACUUCCACAUCGCAGACGAGACCAAAGAAGACAUCUGCACGGCCAGACACUGCAUCCCCCACCAGAAGUUCGCCAUGACGCUGUUUGAGCAGUGCGUCUGCAGCAGCUGUGGAGCAUCUUCAGACCCGCUGCCCUUCAUCCAGAUGGUUCACUACAUCUCCACCACCUCCCUGUGUAACCAGGCUGUGAAGAUGCUGGAGUCCAAGGAGAAGGCCACGCCCAGCAUGUUCGGGGAGCUGCUCCGGAACGCCAGCAUGGGCGACCUGCGCAGCUGUCCUAGUCAGUGCGGUCAGCAGCUCCGCAUGGCCCGCGUCCUCCUCAACAGCCCGGAGAUCAUCACCAUCGGCCUGGUGUGGGACUCGGAGCACUCGGACCUGGCCGAGGACGUCAUCCACUCGCUGGGAACCUGCCUGAGGCUGGGAGAUCUGUUUUACAGAGUGACGGAGGAGAAGGCGCGGCAGGCGGAGCUCUACCUGGUGGGCAUGGUCUGUUACUACGGGAAACACUACUCCACCUUCUUCUUCCAGACUAAAAUCAGACGCUGGAUGUACUUCGAUGAUGCUCAUGUAAAGGAGAUCGGCCCCAAGUGGAAGGACGUGGUGUCGCGCUGCAUCAAGGGCCACUACCAGCCGCUGCUGCUGCUGUACGCGGACCCCCGGGGGACGCCGGUGUCGGCGCCGGACCUGCCGCCGCGUCUGGACCUGCAGCACCUGAACAAGGCCAGUUACGACAGCGAGGACUCGGGCCGCGAGCCGUCCAUCUCCAGCGACACGAGAACCGACUCGUCUACAGAGAGCUACUGCGGCCGUGGGCCCCCCCACUCCCACCAUGAGGCCCAGGGAACCCUCGUCUGCCCGCAGCGACCGGACCGCGCCGCCUCGCUCUGCAGCCUGGAGGCCAUAGGCCGCCUGGCGGACGGGGAGCAGCAGCAGGCUCUGAGGAAAGGAGGCGGGGCCUCGGACAGGAGGCGGAGCUCCGGGCGGUCUCGGCGAAAUAAACACGAACCGUCAUCAGCAGGUUACCAUAGCGAUGGAGAAACCCUGAAGGAGCAGCAGGUUCCUCGCCAACUCCCCAAACCUUCCUCCUCCUCGUCUUCCACCAGUCGCCUCAGAGACUUUAAGGACACCAUGACCAACAUCAUCCGCCCCCUCUCCUCCUCGUCUUCCUCCUCUCUGCCAGCCGCCGUCUUCUCCUCCCCCUCCUCCUCCCCCUUCAUCCAGAACCUCCCAGGUCCAAAUGCGGCUCCGGGUUCCUCUAAAGUCCAGGACUGGGAGGCUGACAGCACCAGCAGCGAGUCCAAGUCCAGCGCCUCAGGAGGAGCGGGGCGGUACCGACCGGCCUGGAAACCGCGGAGGGAGACGCUGAACAUUGACACCAUCUUCACCCGAGAGAGGCGGAGGCAGGCGGGGUACAGCCCCCUGGGAGGACCCCCACCUGAUGGGGGAGGAGCUGCUGAUGGAGGAGACGCCUCCUUCUCAGCCCAGGAGGAGGCGUCCUCCGUCAGACCUGGAUCCUCCAGGACGCUGCCCACCUCCUUCAGAGAGUCGCGGCUCCCUCCUCCUCCUCCUCCCAGGUUGAUCCAGAGGAUGGAGAGCGGCUAUGAGAGCAGUGAGAGGAACAGCAGCAGCCCUGUGAGUCUGGAGCUCAACCUGGGAGACAGGGACAGCGCUGGCAAGAAACCUUCCUCCUCCUCCUCCUCCUCCUCCUCAGGACCAUCAUGGAGGAACAUCAGGUCAAAGAGCAGCGGCUCCUUGCUGCAGGACAUCGGCUCCACCAGCAGAGGGAGCCUCGCGCCCCCUGCAGGCCGCAGCGAGCUGGACGAGCUGCAGGAGGAGGUGCUGAGGAGAGCAAAGGAGGAAGAGCAGCAGCGGCGGCAGGAGAAGGAGAGGGAGGCGGCUCUGGGCUUCAACCCGAGACCCAGCAAGUUUCUGGACCUGGACCAGCUGCAGGUCCAGGGUAAAGGCGACAGCUUUGACAGGUGUGUGAUGGAGGCGGAGCUUCUGCUGGACCAAUCGCUGCGUCUGGAGCAGGCAGGCGAAGUCACAGCGGCGCUGUCUGCGGUCAACGAAGCCGUCUCCAAGCUGCGCUCUGUGGCGACUGAGGUUGGAGCUAGUAGCCACAGUCGGCUGCAGCGCUGCACCAGGAGAGCCCGCAGCCUGCAGCAGCGCAUGCAGCUGCAACAGGAGGCAGUAAAACAGGAAGCUGUGCUGCAGGAGGAGCAGCAAAAGGAGGAGCCCAGUGAAAAGCCUCUCCCGCUCGCAGUUCUUCUGACAGACCAGCAGGGCAACCAGUCCGCUGCCCAUCCACAGGACACUCACCUUUCCACUAGCUUUAAGCCCCUCCCAUCUGCAUCAGGUUUGCCCUCUGGCUCCGCCUCCAGCCCUUUGGCCCCCUCUCCAAGUAGGACCAGGAGUCCCCGCUCUUUCUUUGGGAAAACCCUCAGUAAUGCCAGGUCCCUCCCUGCUCUCUCUGUGGAUACCUGCCUGGAAGACUUGGCUCCUCCCCCUCCACCUGUAGAGGAUUGGUCUGUCCCAUUACAAGCCCCGCUCCCACCUAGAACCCCGUCACCUGCUGAUCCCACCACUAGGUGUCCUGUGAUAACACCAGAGGGCGACUCGUGUCAAACUAAUAAUAAACAGGCCACACCCGUCAAUCAUAGCCCAGCUUCAACUUUGGCUCCUCCCCCUUCCUCCAGCCCAACCAGGAAGUGGUCUUGUUUAAGUCUGGAGCAACCUGAUGUGGUGGAUUCUCCAAACCGAUCGAUCAGCCCCCCCGUUCAGCCCCCUUCAGACUCCGCCUCCAACCCCCCACCGCUUGGCCAGCCCGUCAGACCCGCCUCCAGUCCGGUUCACCGAGGCGCCCUGCCUGUAGAAUGCUGGGCGGAGAACGUCAACCGGUACUACAACUCCCAGAAUGCAGUGGGAGGUGGAGGAGUAGCGGCAGCGGAGGCUGUAGAGGAGAUGUCUGAGCUGGAGACGCUGUACCAGGCCAGUCUGCAGGCUCCCAGCAUGCACCGGGGCAGCCGUGGGGUCAGCCCACAAGCAGGGGGCAGCAGAGCAGGUGUGAGGAGGAUACCAUCGGGAUCUGGACGCUCCAAAACACCGACGGCUGAAAUAGAGAGACAUGCCUACAGAAGUCUGGUCUCACCUGUGCAAAAGCCCCCCGCAGGUGAAGAUGAGAGCUACAGCGCAGAAAACCUGCGAUGCCUCGCUCGAAGUCUGAGCGGAACCGUCAUCGGGUCGAGACCGCAGACCCUCCCACAAAGAUGUAAGGACCCCAAUGUCUCCAGGCCCCCCCUCAGACACUCAAACCUUCACAGCACCUCCUCCCUCCCACGCUGUCCCAGCACCUCCUCCUUGCACCCCCCCUCCUCCACCUCCUUCCCAGCAGAUCACGCCUCCUUCCAUCAACCCCGACACCAUGGACCCCCAGCUCCACAGCACCCCCACAUGCAGGCAUCACGGCCCCCCAGCUCGGGGCCCUCCUCCUGGGGACACUCAGCUCCUUCACGCCUCCAGCACCAGUUUCUGGUUUUGCCUGAUAGGAGUCCGACUCCCUCAGGUCUCCACAGCAACACGAUGAAUUAUGGCACUCUGCCUCGGCGUGCCCCACCUUCCUCCUCCUCCUCCUCCCUGCCUAGGCCCAGAACCGGUCCUCCUACUUCUUUGGGUCCACAGAGUCUCUACUCCACCCUGGUCCUCCCUCGGCGCCCCACUAACACCUCCAUCAGCCACCAGGAGGCGUCUCUAACUGGGAGAGGAACCGGCUCUGCUCCUCAGCGCCACCGUGAGUCAGGAGACGUCCCCAUUCAGCCCCGCCGCAUGGAUGUCCCCCCUGAGACCGACUGGCGCCGGGAUGUGGAGUACAGGAACAGUCGGCCCAGCUCCUCAUGGGACCAGAGGUCCGUUAAUCUCCAGCGGACAGACAGGGGCCCCAACAGGGGCCCUCGGCUCUGCUCCCUCUGCCAGCAGCUUCCUGCAGACCUGUCACGUCCUUACUGCCGGACCUGUGCAGCUUAUGUGGCCCGAUACGGUUCAGGCAGCAGACAGUGAGAGAGACACCAGCAGAUCGAUGCUGAGAUGAAGGCGGUGGGUCCAAACCCGGAGCAAGAA